CACUAUGGCAUCACACAUACAAAAAGAGAAAAAUAUUUUAUAGUCAAAGCAACUGCGGUCGAACGGGGAAAAUAGAAUAAAUAUUAGCAAUUUAAAUAAUUAACGCUGGUCGACUAUUACAAGUGUGGAAAUAAGACCAUUAAAUUGAAUUCAUUUGUGCCCUGUCUGCAAUACCUGCUGCAAAAUAACCAAGUUUAACAUACGCCUAGACAACAUAAUGUCGAAGAAUAAAAAAUUGUCGCUAUCGGGCGGCGACACCACAGAGAAAUUUAUCUAUAAGCCCAAGGACUUGAUAUGGGCCAAAAUGAAGGGCUUCACACCGUGGCCGGGCAUGAUUGUGGAACCGCCAUUGGAUUUGCUUACCCAACAGCGAAGAGCUAAUACUAAAUGCGUUUUCUUCUUUGGUUCGCGUAACUUUGCCUGGAUUGAGGAGAAUAAUAUUAAACCUUUUGAGGGUCCUUGGAAAGAGGAAUUGGCUAAAGUAAGCAAACCGGCUGCUUUUAGGCACGCCAUGAAUGACAUUGAUAAAUAUUUCGAAGAUCCCACUGAAGUGGAUGAGCAGAUUAAUGAAAGUUGCGGCGGUGCGAAUCAUGCCACUGAGGCAGAUUUUGAUAAAAUACGCGAUGGCCUGGACAGCGAUGAGAAUGCCACCGAAUUGCUGGAUACCAGUGCGGGUGAUGGCAAUAAUGGUGUAGUCCCUCAUGUUGUUGGCAGUCCCCAUGAAUCAGAUGCCUUGGAUGCGAAUAAUGCGGAUUCGUCGGUGUCACCGAAUGCUGGUGCUGCCAGCAGUACAACGACGCCAGCUUCAGCGAAGCCCCAGGUGAAAAGGACACCCAAAGCCAAGUCCAGUGCUGCUGUCAGUGUGACAAAGUCUUCCGGCAAGGCGGCUGGCACAAAAUCAGCACAGAAGCGACGCAUAUCAUCGCAUCAGGCGGUUAGUGGUAGUGCCGGAUCAAGUGCCAAGCGUGGUAAACGAGCUGCAUCUGGUGACGCGGCUGCUCCAGGUCUGCACCUGGAUGGCGCCAGCUCAUCUUCGCCCACAGGCAAACGUCGGAUAGAGACAGAUCUGCUGGCUUCACUCUCGAAACGAGCGCCCAAUGCUAUUGCAUUGCUUGAUCGUCCAGUUGUGACGAGGCCAGAAACGCAAGCUAUUGACAUGAAUUCAAGAUCUAAUACACUGGCCGAUCGAGAGAUUGUGCCGUCUGAUCAAACCUUUGGAUUCCUUGGACUGGGCAUGAUGGGAUCCACCAUAGUUAAAGACUUGAUAUAUACGGGACACAAGGUUGUGGUCUGGAACCGCACCAUUGAUAAGUGUCAGCCUUUUGUUGAGGCAGGCGCUGAUGUAAAGGACACACCUAUGGAUGUGGUAGAAGCAGCUGACGUUAUCUUUUGUUGUGUAUCAGAUCCCAAGGGUGCCAAGGAUCUCGUUUUUGGCAAUUGUGGAGUUCUGCAAUUAAAGGAUUUACGCAAUAAGGCGUAUGUGGAAAUGUCCACCAUAGAUCCAGAAACCUCAUUGGAUAUUGGAGAGGGUAUUAAGCAAUGCAAUGGACGUUAUUUGGAAGCACAAAUUCAUGGAUCACGUCAAGAAGCCGCCGAUGGCAUGCUCAUCAUAUUGGCCGGCGGUGAUCGUUCGGUAUUUGAAGAGUGCCAUUCCUGCUUCAAGACCAUUGCCAAGAAUACUUUCUUUUUGGGGACAGAUAUUGGAAAUGCCUGUAAAGUGAACCUCAUAUUGCAGACCAUUCUGGGUGUCAGUUUGGUUGGUUUGGCUGAAGCGUUAGCCCUGGCUGAUCGCUUUUCCAUUUCUCUCAACGAUAUCAUAGAUAUAUUCGAUUUAACAUCUAUGAAAUCACCGCUGCUGCUGGCCAAGGGGAAGGAAAUGGCCAAGGGCGACUUUAAUCCACAACAACCUUUAAGUCACAUGCAAAGAGAUUUGCGUCUUGUGCUAAAUAUGGCUGAGAAUUUGGAUCAAUCGAUGCCUGUGACAAGCAUUACCAAUGAGGUGUUCAAGCAUACAAAACGUUUGGGUUAUAGUGAGCACGAUUCCAGUGCUGUAUUCGUAAGAUCCAGGUUUUAACAUUUAGUUAACACGACUACUAUUUAAACUAUACUUUUAUCAUUUAGUUUAAAAACGUACGCUCACACAACAGAUACAGAUACACACACAAACACACCCACAUAAAUACACACACACACAGCACUGACAAAGACGGUGGACACAAACGCAUAUAAAUUUGUUUAGAACAUAUGAUUUUAUUAAUUUCGAUCCAGCAGUUGUUGUGAUAAAAUCAUUAUUUGAUAUAAUUUCUAUGCUCUUGUGUUUUGGCAUCGUCACAACUCUUGUUUUUAAUCCUCUUCCUCAUCCUUUUAUCAUUUCUAAUCAUUCAUUUUUCUCACCUAACAAAACCUUUUCCUUCCCAACACACACACUCACACACACACACACACCCCGCACCAUUAAUUCGACAAAUUAGAGUUACUGCUAUGCAGGUGAAAGUCUAAAGCAUGAUGGCAAUCCGCCGGUACAUAUUGUGACCAGUACAUGUUCUCGAUCGACCGAAAAUAUGCCACCGACAACGUAAAAGUCGCCAAGUCGACGAUAACGCGCUAUGUGGGCAUUGAGAAAGAUGUGGGAGACCGAAACAAAGACCAAGACGACGAUGACAUUGAGAUGACGUGCGAUCGCAAUCAUUCAGUUGAGAGAAAGAGAUCCAAAUCAAGAAAAAAGCAACAGUUUUCAUUUACAUAUAUACAUAUAUAUAUAUAUAAAGCAUGCAAGCAAAUGCUGCGGAUCGCUUUUAUUUACAUUAUUUGUGCAUUAUAUCAAUUUUUUAGUGUUUAUUACAUUUAUCUUGUAAUUGUUUUUGACUUUUUUAUUUGGACCGUGUGUUUGCUAGGCCCCCGUUCCCGGAGACAAUGAGUAUAAGAAAUCAAGCCACACAACAAGAAAAAAAAAACGUAAAAA